AUGGAGGGGGAGCUGAGCUUGGCCAACACCCAGUUCGCAUUGGACCUCUUUCACAUCCUGAAGGACAGCAACCCCUCUGGGAACCUCUUCUUCUCCCCUUUGAGCAUUUCCUCAGCGCUGGCCAUGGUCUUUCUGGGGACCAGAGGCACCACCGCAGCACAGAUGUCCAAGACUCUUCACUUCGAUGGGGUUAAAGAGAUUCAUUCCAGUUUUCAGAGUCUGAAUGCUGAUAUCUACAAGCACGGAGCUCCCUAUACUCUGAAGCUUGCUAAUAGGUUAUAUGGAGAGAAAAACUGUGGGUUCCUCCCUGAGUUCUUGACUUCAACCCAGAAAAUGUAUGGAGCUAUACUGGGCAAAGUAGAUUUUCAGCGAGUCUCUGAAGAUGCAAGAAAGGUGAUAAACGAGUGGGUCAAAGGGCAGACUGACGGGAAAAUUCCAGAAUUGUUGGCUGUAGGGAUGGUUGAUAAUAUGACUAAACUUGUGCUAGUUAAUGCCAUCUAUUUCAAAGGAAACUGGCAGGAGAAAUUCGUUAAAAUGGUCACAAUCGAUAUACCUUUCAGAUUGAAUAGGAAAAAGACAAAAACAGUGAAAAUGAUGUAUCAGAAGAGCAAAUUCCCAUUUGGCUACAUUCAGGACCUUAAGUGCCGGGUGCUGGAGCUGCCUUAUGAGGGUGAGCUCAGCAUGAUCAUCCUGCUGCCAGAUGACAUCGAGGAGGAGGGUCUGAAAAAGAUAGAAGAUCAAUUGACCUUAGAAAAACUGCAUGAGUGGACCAAACCUGAGAAUCUGACUUCCUUUGAUGUCAACGUCCACCUGCCCAGGUUCAAGCUGGAAGAGAGCUACAACCUCAACUUUCACCUGGCCAGCCUGGGUAUAGAGGAUCUCUUUACUAGCAAGGCUGAUCUGUCUGGCAUGUCAAAAGCCAGAGAUCUUUUUAUAUCGAAAAUUGUCCACAAGUCUUUUGUGGAAGUAGAUGAGGAGGGCACAGAGGCGGCAGCUGCCACCUUCUGCAUGCUUAUGCCAGAGGAAAAUUUUAUGGCCGACCAUCCAUUUAUUUUUUUAAUUCGACACAAUCCCUCAACUAACAUCCUGUUCUUAGGCAGAGUUUCUUCUCCGUAG